AGGGUAGGCCAGCCAGUCAAAAACCAAACCGAAAUCCCUUUCUUUGCGUUUGCUUUCCCCUCCAUCCGUUCCCCAAUCCCAGCUGCGAGCUGCUGAUAUCUCUCCCUCCCUCCCAGCAGCGGCAGAUCCGAGUUCCGCUUCUCCCGUGCUCCUCCUCCUGCUCCUCGCCAGGGCAGCGGGGGAUCGAUCGGAUUUUUGUUUCCUUGUGGAUUUGGAGUUCCGGAUUCGUGGAUCUUCCUUCACCCUCCCUCUGUUUCUCCUGUAUAUUUAUCUGCUCGCGGCCGCGGAGCCUAGACAUGCUCGCGGGGUUGCGGCUCUAGGGAGAGGGAGAGAUGAGGAGGGGCGGCGGCGGGCCGGCGCCGGCGGGGAAGGAGGACAAGGUGAUGGGCCCUCUCUUCCCCAGGCUCCACGUCAACGACACCCUCAAGGGCGGGCCUCGCGCGCCGCCCAGGAACAAGAUGGCGCUCUACGAGCAGUUCAGCGUCCCUUCACAGCGCUUCACGCCGCACCGCGCAUCCAGCUCCGCUCUCUCCUCCGCUUCCCCCGGACAGAUUGGUGGGAGCGACAGACCUCUCUUUCCAUCAUUUUGUGUGCCCUCAAAUGAACCUGCACGCUCGUCUGAACAUAUCAAUACCAACUCGAAUGGGCGGGAUGGCAAUGCUACAAGGGUAGAGUCUGGGAGGCAUUCCACCCAGCUUAAGAGCAAGGAUACCUAUGCUGCAGGAUCAACCGCCGAAUGUAGUUCACAACGUAGAGAGAACAGCGUGAAGAAUUCUUCUGGGAAGAAAUUGACUAAUGAUGAUGAUUUCACGGUUCCUUCUGUCUUCUGUUCUGGAGUGCCUCCUCAUUCCACUCAAGAAGUAGUGAGGAUCCAAGAGAAAUCCACAGCCUUCCCUAGUACAAGUCCAUAUAAGAGUGGGCCCACAAUGUCCAAAUCAUCUGCAAAGUGUUCCAACACCGACAAGAGAUACUUGGAAGGAACGAAUGUGUCAGACAUGAGAUCAAGGGAUUCUCCAAGUAUUAAGGACAAAGCACCACUAAAGACAAUGACAAACCUCGAUGUUGAAGAGAGAAGCUCAUCAUUUCAAAUAUCUAAAGAGAAGGCUGGGAAAGCAGACGAUAAAAUAUCUUCACACAGGGACAAGUUGAGUGAUCUAAAUGUUUUCGAUAAGCAACAUGCUAGAACCGAGGUGCAUCAGGCUAGAAGAACGAAUGAGAAUGCCGCCGAGUCUCAGAAUGCUCCAAAAGCUGGAAAUGGACCAUCCUCUACUAAUGUCGAACGCAAUGGUGCUUCUAAUCUGUUGGAAAAAGGCUUAAGGGUGACUGGUGAAAAGAGAAAAAGGUCAGAAGGACAUCACAAUGUGCAAAAGGAUGAUUCCUCAGAUUUGUCUGUAGAGUCUCUUCCUGGAUUGGAGAUUUCUCCGGAUGAUGUUGUUGGUGCUAUUGGUCCAAAGCAUUUCUGGAAAGCAAGAAGAGCUAUCGUCAAUCAGCAGCGGGUUUUUGCGGUCCAAGUAUUCGAGCUGCAUAGGUUGAUCAAAGUGCAGAAGUUGAUUGCGGCAUCUCCACACCUACUUAUUGAAGGAGAUCCGUGCCUUGGCAGUGCCCUGGCGACAAGCAAGAAGAAGCUGGCUGCAGGAAAUGUGGAAAAACAGCCUCCAUCAGCCAAAAACAAGGAUGAUGCACAGCUAACCCUUCAGCAGGUAGAGUACUCGAAAGAUAAUAUUGAAGGAAACCAGGCAUCACCAUCUCAAGAUGAUGUAGUUGUGGUUCAACACAACAAUCAAGCUGCAUCAAAUGGUGGGGAUACCAGUAACCCUCCUGCAAUUCCUGCUGCUCCUGACAACAAGCAGAGCAAUUGGUGCACUCCUCCUCAAAAUCAGUGGCUUGUCCCAGUUAUGUCUCCGUCUGAAGGACUUGUCUACAAACCUUAUACAGGGCCUUGCCCUCCAGCAGGAAGCUUCUUAGCCCCAUUUUAUGCAAGCUGUGCUCCUCUAAGUCUCCCAUCUACAGCUGGCGAUUUCAUGAACUCUCCAUAUGGAAUCCAUAUGCCUCAUCAGCCACAACAUAUGGGACUUGGUGGCCCUCCACCCAUGCCUCCAAUGUACUUCCCACCUUUUAGCAUGCCAGUGAUGAAUCCGGUGGUUUCAGCUUCUGCAGUUGAACAAGUGAGCCGUAUCGCUCCGGCACGGCCUAAUGCACACGUUGAACAUUAUUCAAGAAACUCGUGUAACAUGAGGAACGAAGCCAUGUCAGCCGGCAUCUGGAGAUUCCACGCAUCUAGGGACAGCGAGCUGCAAGCCAGCAGCGCAGCUAGCAGUCCUUUCGACAGGCAGCAGGGUGAAGCGAGGGGUCCUGCUGCACCACCACCCAUCCCUACAUCGUCAGCUGGAAACGGCCAGCCUCAGCCCUCCACCGGCAGCAAGGAGAACCCAGCAGGCGUCAUCCGGGUCGUCCCACACACCGCGCGGACCGCAUCAGAAUCAGCGGCGCGGAUCUUCCGGUCCAUACAGAUGGAGAGGCAACAGAAUGAUCCGUAAUCCGCGAGUGUACCUUACUCGAUUACUAGAAUUUACAUCUGGUUUGGUUAGCCAAAAAGCUUAGCCAAUUAGUGCUAGCUUCUGAGUAUGUUAUUUUUGAGGAGUAAUAGCAGUUACAUAUACUAUCAGCGAAAGUAAACCGGCUGUAUUUUGCCACUGUAAAUAUGCAAGUCAGGAGUAUGUUGUCCGAUGCUGGGAAGCCCAGGCCUUAUAUGAUGUAUAGCUAGCUAUGUUGUUGGGUUACAGGAAAGUGGAAUGCAGGUGUAUGUCUCAGAAUGAUGGCCUGGCCUGGCCUCUGUAUGAUGUGCAGCUAUCUAUGCUGGAUUAUAUAUAUAUGCUGCAUACAGAAUCUGCAAUUUGCUACCCUUGCCUGCCAAAAGAAUGGCAUAUGUAUAAAUUUUACUCA